UAUCGAUAUUAUGAAGUAUCAAACAUACAUGACACCGCCUUUUCCCAAUACCGAUACCGGAUACCGUAUUUUAGCACCAAUCGAAUUGCAGUGCAAUGCGGAGAAGUUUCUUUCAUCAUACGAAUCAUCAUAAUUAUAUUGUAUAUUACAUUUUCAAGGAUAUGUGCUAGGGAGAAAUAUUUCUGAACAACUGAUGAUUCCCAUGAUGGAGGUAACAAUCAAAAAGAUACUAUUCUACAUGCUGCUACCUUUUUUCGCCAACACAAUCUCAGGGGAUGUAAACCUGACAGCAUCUGGCAACUUCUCAGGCAGUAUAUAUGUAGUACAGACUGGAAGCUCGGUGACAUUGACCUGCAGUAACAGCGAUAAAGCUACCUCCGUCACAAUCGCAGAUAAGGAUGGAACUGUACUUGGUUCAUGCAGUGUGUUUAUGGGAGUCUUUACGUGUACCCCACCUACAUCAUAUACUGUAGAUGCAUCUGAUGCAUCAGUCAAUUACUUUAGAUAUGUCCUCAGUAGCUUCCAGAUAAGCCAUUGUGGAACCUACAAGUGUGCAUUGGGAACAGAUUCUUCAGUGUCUUCUUCAGUAACUGUUGAGCAUGAAGUUUACUAUGAUGAUCCAUGUGGGUCUACGUGUGGAACAUGCAAAGUCAACACCUUUGAAUGCCAGGCAAACAAAUGUGUAUGUAAAGGGGGUACAAUUCCAGAUCCAGAUGACUCAACAAAUUGCAUAACGGUACCAUCUACGACAUCUCCUCCAGUGGUAACAGUACCAUCUACAACAUCUCCUCCAGAAGCUUCAACAGUUUUCUAUAAGAAGUAUUAUGGUAAAGCAGUUGCUGUGCUAGUUGUGCUACUACUGGUGGUCAUCUUUGUACUUGUAGUACUUACUUGGAUACUAUGUGGCGGAACCAAAAAGAUUAGUGGAAAAGAUUUCAUAUGGAAAGUACUAUAUGGUGUUGGAGUUUUAGAUCUGGUUGUGGUAUGUGUAGCUUGUGGGAUCCAUGUGCAUAUCAACACUGGUGAUCGGGAUGGGGCUCUUAUGCCUUGGUAUGUAAUUGUGGCAAUCGUCCUCACCAGCUUAGAAGUUGUAGCAUUGGCAGUUUUUGUGCUGAAAAAAUGUUCAGGCAAAGAGAAAACUGAGGCUGAGAAUGAGGAUGAGGAAUUAAAAGUUAAAUCCAUGACAACAGGGAACACACGGGACUGUGAGAGGCCUUCUAAAGGGAACCCCAAAGUUGCGGGUGUCAAUGCUUCAAACCAUCCACCAAAGGACACACAUAGUGAAGGGUCAGUGGUUUCCAAGACUGAUAUAUGUCUUGAAAGUGACAGAACCUCUAAAGUGACAAUGAGAGCACAGCCUUUGCCCCCAGUUGGAGCGAAAGGACAUGGAAGAGGGCUGUCAGCUAACUACGAGGAUGGAAUGGAUGACAUGCCAGUAGUAAUUCAGAAGAAAAGUCUCCCACCUAUAGAAGGGACAGGUGGAGAAGAUGCUGAGAGGAGGAAAAGGAAGAAGAAAAAGAAGAAGAACAAAGGCAAUGAUGAUAUGGAACUAAGCAACAGAAGUGAUAAGAGUGACUAGACUAUAGCUAGUAUGGUCAUGACUCAUACUUGCUGGAACAAUAAUUCGAUCUUAGUCUGCAUACUGUGAUAUUACUUCCAAUAAUCAUCUUAAACACAUAAUUAUAUUUAUAGAAAAAAAAACAAUAUACAUGUAAUAAAAGAAAUAGAGUAACUGUAGCUUAUCAAAUUUCAACAUUUCACAGCUUUGAUUCAUAGUUAUAGGAAAUCUUUAAUAUUCAAAAUAUAUAUUUCAUUGAGAUAAGUUGAACUCAAGUAGAUGUUGGUGACUUUUUUAAAGAUUAAGUUUAAAUAUAAAAAUGGAUUUGUUACAUUGUUAUACAAGUCAUGUUUCAUUUUAAAAUGUACCGCUUAUUUUAAUGCUUGAAAAAUUGUUUUUGAAUAGGCAAAAUUCCAAUUAUCAUUAUCAAAACGGGUUAUUCAAUUCAUAUAUGUAGUAUUCAGAGAUACACUAAAGCUCCAGUCUGCAUAAUAGGAUCUGUAAUUGUAUCCUCAUGACACUGCAUUGGCAAUUUUUAUAUUUGUAUUUAAGAUACUACAAGAGAUAAACUAUUUUUGAUUCACAAACUAUUCUUAUUUGUAAGAGAAGAACUGAAAGAUUAUUUAAUUAUAUGCAGCUAUUAGCAAUCUUAGAUAAACAAGGUCAAGUCCAUGUAAGUUAUGUCAAAUGUAUGAUCUCUUAAACCCUGCACGUUUGUGUGUCAAACUGAAAAUAUUUAUAACGUGAUAUAAAUGACAAUCAAAAAUGGUACAAGAGCUAUUAUGUUACUUUUUCAUUGAUCAUAUUACACUGGCAGUUUAUUUAUUCAUAUUUGUAAAACCUCUCCUAAAUACAUCUCAAGUACAAAACAUAAAAUGUGGAGUCAUUAUGUAGAACGUUUAUGUAUGGUGGCGUGAUUGUGUGGAAUUCCCCUAUUUAUUCCAUAACAGCCGGUUAUUGAUUCUAAGCUACUGAUGUAAUACCUGCAAUAUUCCCCUACAGAAUGUCUGAUAAGAUUGCUAUUGACUGAAGGAAGAGAUUAUUGGAAAAAUCAUUGUGAAUAUUACUUUUGUUGUCAUCUGGUUGUGAGUUUGGUAUCCAAGUGUAUAAUAUAUCAUCAAGUAUUUAUUUCCUAUACAGACAUCAGUGUAUUUGAUAUCAUGAUGAUGUAUAUCAAGAGCAUAAAAAUCAUCCUUUAGUAUGAUAGUGCCUCAUGUCAUUUCUUUUGUUUGUACAUGUAAUGUUAUUUGUCAUUCAGAUCUAUCUAUAUUUAAGCUAGUCCAGUUAUUGUCUAGCCUUGGGGUUGUUGUCGGUGGAAGCAUAGUCUGUCAUUCUGCAAAAUGUUCAAGAUAUUCAAAUGAAACUUGGUACACAUGUCGCCCUGAGACGGUAUGCAGCAAGGCUCAGAACUCCGGUUUAGUUAUUGUUGAGCUAUGCCCCUUUUUGAUUAAAAAAACAAUAUACAAGUGUUUGCGGUCGCUCUGCAGAGCGGUUGUUAAACAUUGAUUAGUCUGAAAUGUUCCUGUAUCCGUCCACAUGAUCUAAGAGUCAUGUAUGCGCAUUUCUUGCUGGGCUUAAAAGUAUAACUUAGUUUUAGUUUUUUUAGAUUUUAUAUGCUAACAUUUUAUUUAAGAAUGAUACAAUCAUGUACAUAUUUUGAUGUUUUGUGCCAUACGUAUGCUUAAGUCCUCAAGUUAUGUAUCAAGUCAUGUUUCAUUUUUCAAAUUAUUUUGAAAUCACAUUAUGUGCACUUUACUCAUGUGACUAUUUAGACUCGUUGUGAUUUAUGAUGAUGAUCUAUUGCUUUACUUGCAUCUUACCAAGAAUUCCAGCAAACAUGUAUUCAUAAACACUUUGUUAAUUCACAGAUGUAUCUACAUUUCUAUGAUUGUGUUGCUAAAUGUUGCUGUUUUGUUAAAAUGUUAAAUUAUACAAAAACAUUUAUAUAGAUACGGAUUCCUAUAACCAAGAAAAUUGAGGAAAAUAAUGCCAGUUAAAAAUAGAGUAGAAUAAAAAGUAUAUAUAUAUACUAGAGUAUCUUUUGACAUUGUACAACAAUGGUUAGAGUCUUUUUCAAUUCAUCAAUGUGCUGUUUAAGUCCAGAAAACAUGUGCUUAUUGAGUGCCAUAGUUAUGUAUAACAAAUUGUGUAAUAUAAUAUCAUGUCUGUAUAUAAGUUGACAGUUUAAGUUUGUUAUUCGUGUUAAAGUUUAUUAUUUGCUAUACAUGUUUUGAAUGUUUUAAAGGCCUUAAUGUUGGUUUAUAUCUUUACGAAAGGAACCAAAAACACGCUUUAUGAAAGCUGUAAUAAUUUUGCCAUUAACAACUGUGCUUCACAAAUGUUUUACAACAUGUUAAGUAUAUCGUAUAUCACUUACAAAGUUGAAUAUUUUGUAAACAGGUGUGGUGAGCAAAAAUAAUAAUCUUCAAAUGCAAUAAAAGCAUUGAAGUAACCCUUUUUCUACCCAUCAUAAUUUUGUUUCAUCAAUAAAGGGUAAAAUAUAUGACCAUAUAUAGUUAAACACAUUGUCUAUAUGAAUAUGUUUGUUAUUUCAAUAUUGUUGUAGGGAACCAAGAAUAGCUUGUACCGUAAAUAUGUGCCUUAUAAAUUGCUUACCAUUGAACUAUUUUUUCUUAAAAGCUAUUAAAGAUAUUCAAAAGGCGUCCUAGAUAUCAUUGAGGAAGUAUAAAUAAGGUUGAAUUGGGGAAGAAAAUAUCUGUGCUCUUUAUCAGACUUACCUAUAUGAUAUGUCAUACGAUAUGCCACUGAAUAAUGUUUACCUUAAUUAUUGAAUGGCACUUGACGGCAAUUGAAAUAUUAUCAGCUUGUCGUAACCUUAUGUAUCUAAGAGCCAUAAAUAUUUACCCAGUGUCUUGACGAUAUGGAUAAUGCAAUGUUAACCCUUUUAAAUAGAAAAUAUGUUAAGCGUGGCCAUGAAAUGAAUGAUACUUUUAAGGUAACAAUUGAAACCAAUUGCAAUAUAAUAAACAUUAUCAUGAUUGUUAGACUUUCAACUGAUAUAAUUAUGGUAACCAAUGAUCAUAUGAUUCGGAAGUUUUAUCCAACAUUAAGUCACAAUUGAAUUGUAUAACUCAAUAACAAGCAUACAAUUUGUACUUGACAAAAGGACAAUGUCCUAUUUUUAUAAUGCUGUCAUAUCUGGUAUAAACAUGCAUGUUUUAUAAUUAACAAAAUGUAUUUGUGUACAUUUGUGUAGUUGUGCAUGGGUUAAACAGAAUGGCCUAUUGUUUUGUAAAUAGUAAGCGAAAGAGAAAGAACAAGAUAUCAGUAUACUUGGUUAAGUUGCCCGAUUUAUUUCACUCAGGAAGUAAUAUGAUAUGUGAACAAUUUGUAGUAAAUAUCACAGUCAUUGUGAACUAUUGAAAUUCAAUAGCUUGUAGGAAUGUUAUGGGGAUUUCCCCUUGAUAAAAAGAGCCAAUAAGAAAAGCUCAUUCUGUGUGAAUAAUUUAUACCCCAUGCUUUGCCAGGUUUAUAUUCAGCAGGUUUAAUGCAUCUUUAAAGUAUUAUAUUAAUGUUCAAUGUUUGAAUACCUUAUCAUUGAUUUAUAGAGGUUAUCGUUUUCGGUACUUGUUUAGCAUGUAAUAAGCUCUUUAUCAAAAAACAUGAUGAAGCAAGUUUCUAUAUAGCUAUUCCUUCAGACCCUUAUACCAAAUAUGUACUUAUGUUUGUAGCUUGUUUUUUCACUGUCUCUAUCAAAUGUAUGAUUCAUAUUCAUGUUGUGCUGUAAUUAGAGCCUUUCACUUCGUUUAAGUGUAUAGUUCCUGAUCUGAAAUGUUUUUAUUAAUCAAAAUAGCCUUUUUUGUUAUGAAUCAAGGGUUGUGUUGAGUGCUACUAUGAUUGUUUUCAUUGUGCCAUAGUUACGUGAAUCUGUGUCAUUGCUUAAUGUAUUUGUUUAUUGCCUUGAGAGAGUACGUGCUCAGAGACAUAGAAACAUGAAGACAUCUUGAAUAGGGUUUAAUUUGAUUUAAAGAUCAGAAUCGACAUGCUUUAAUAUAAAAUUAUAAUAUUCACAUGUGUAUAUGCAUUUAGUAUCUAGUUAAUUAUUAUCUGAUUUAUGACCUUAUGAUCUAAUUGCUUGGUCGUCUGUUCAACCAAUCAUUGUUAAAUUUUUGCACUUAAAGUGUGCACAUCGCAUAAGUAUCUAAAUAUCAAGGUGUUGGCUAUAACUUGUAUGUAUUUGAGUAAUUGGUUUGAAUAUUUGCAGUGCAGUUAGCCUUGUUAAAAUCAUUCCUAUAAACAUUACAUUGUUUGUAUGUGCAUUAAAUGUUUUUGUAUUCUGUGUUAUUGUUAUGAAUGAUUCUUGAAUAAAAGUUUUCUUUA